AUGGCAGACAAGACUAUCAAGGGCCUCGAGCCCCUCGCCCAGACCUUUGAGGGUGCCUCCCAGCUCCGCAUUGCCAUCGUCCACGCUCGCUGGAACGACAAGGUCAUCAAGGCCCUGGUGGACGGCGCCAUUGCGGCUCUCUUGAAGCAGGGCGUCAAGGAGGAGAACAUUGUCCUCAAGACCGUGCCAGGCAGCUACGAGCUGCCAUUUGCGUGCCAGAAGCUCAUCGCUGGCGGCAAGGCCCAGGCCGCCAACGCCGCUCCCUCGCUCCUCGGCGGCGCUACUGCCAACCUCCUCUCGCUCGUUGACGACCCCGCCCGUACCGGCACUCCCGGUCCCGAGUCGUCGUCGACUGCCGCGGCCGUCCGCGAGUUUGACGCCGUCAUCGCUGUCGGUGUGCUCAUCAAGGGCUCGACCAUGCACUUUGAGUACAUCUGUGACGCCGUGAGCCACGGCCUCAUGCGCGUCCAGCUCGACACCGGUACCCCCGUGGUCUUUGGUGUCCUUACCGCUCUUACCGACGACCAGGCUCUCGAGCGUGCCGGCCUCGGCCGUGGCGAGAACAAGGGCCACAACCACGGCGAGGACUGGGGUAACGCGGCCGUCGAGCUCGCGUCCAACGCUGCCCAGUGGGGCAAGGGCGCCAUCUAA